GCGCGUCGUAGCGGUGAUCCGCCCAAACAAAGUGUACUGGACUCGCAGCCAAACCCACUACAACCACCAUGUAAACCUACAAAAUGCACCCGAAACGGACAGAAACCAUGGCAACAGACUCACAAAACACAGAAGAAACAUCCUAGCAGCGAUCUAGCAGGAAAAAUCGUCCGACAACAUGGCGAAACCCGUUGUUUUGGACACGGACAGCGGAGAGCUGGAGGAGAUCGGCCGGCGUCUCCAUGACGACGGGCUGGACCCCAAGGUGGACGAUGAGCUGAAGCUCCGCCACGUCUGGCGCCUCUACCAGAGGUCAGAGGUCAGCCUGAAGUCCGCCCUUGGAGACAUCCAGGACCUGAAGCUGCAGCAGGCGGAGGAGAUGAAGGAGGUGGAGAACUAUGUGGAGCACAUCCGGAGCCUGUCGGAGGAGCGUGAGGCACUCACCAGCGAGUUCGAGGCCGAGAACGAGAUUCUGCGUAACGAACUCGAGCAACGCAAGCUGGAGUGUGAUGCCAUAGCAGAAGUACGAGAGAUGCUCCAACAGGAGGGCCUGCAGCAGGUGGCUGAGUCCGGGCUAAGUGAGCAGGUGGCCUACCUGCUGGUGGAGAGAGCCAGACUAAUGGAUGAACUGGAGACUGCAGCAGAAAAGCGCCCCCUACACCCAGCCAACAGCAGUGCAGACGUGGACCAGCUCAGGCAGCUGUUGGAGAGGGAACGGGCCGAUCAUGAGGAGGAGCUCAAACAGCAGCGGGAGAACAUGAUGAGGGUCAAGGAGAGCCUCACCAAGGUCCACGACCAUGAACUUCACGAGCUGAGCAGGUCCAAGGAGGAGUUGGAAGAGGAGCUGGGUCUCGCCAGGAGCCAGCUUCUUAAGUCUCAGGAGUUCAAGAUGGAUGCGGACAGUCUUGAUGCAGCUAAACUCACAGCGGAGCUGGAAACUGCACGGGAGGAUCUACAGCAGGACCUGGACCAGCUGCAGGCCAGGUUCUACAGGGUGGAGCAGGAGAGGGAUGCACUGCAGAAGGAGGUAUCCAGACUACAGUUAGAACAGAGAGAAGACAGGAACAGACUCGACAGGCAGGUGUCAUCGCUAGACGAGAGCACACAGAACCUUAGGCAGCAACUGGACAAGAGCAAGAGAGAACUCAGCGAUUCGCAGGCAUCCUGCCGGACGUUAGAGGACGAGAAACGAUCCUUGGAGAUGAGACUAGAGUUUGCUAAGAAGGACCUGGAAGCAGUGAAAGACAGAGAAAGACAAGCCAUUACACAAAAGGAGAGUUUAGCAUCAUCAGGGGAAGGUGCACAAAGAAGGCUGAACAUCCAGAUCUCUGAGCUGCAGAGUGAGAAUGAGCAGCUCCAGCGACAACUACAGGACUCAAGGGGUGACCUGCAGAGGGAGCGCACACGCAGCCGGGAGAUGAGCGCUCAGGUGUCGGAAACACAACAUCAGCUGGAGAGACUGCACAGUCUACAGGAGGAGGUGAACUCCUUAGAGACAGAGAAGACAUUACUACAGGAGAAGAUUUACGAGGAGUCCAAACACAGACAGCAGCUGCAGAGAGACCUGGACGACCUCAGGUCACAGUUUCAGCAGGAGAAAAUGGAGAUGCAGAGUAAAGUGGAGAAACAGAAGAAGGAAACCCGAGACGCCCAGCUGGCUCUGGAGGCAGCCAAUCGGGAGAGAGAACUGCUGCAGAUUCAACAGAGGUCACAUGACCAGGGAGACAAGGUAACGGAGCUGUCUGCCAGACUCCAGGGCAUGGAGGGUGAGAGGGAGGGUCUGAAGAGGACUAGUCAGCUCCUGGAGGAUACAAACAAGCAUCUCGAGGAAAAGCUUGCCAGUGCAGAGCAGUCAUGUGAUGACCUCAGGGACACGGUGCAACUGCAGAAAAAUGUCAAUGCAGACUUGUCCACUCAGCUAGAGGAGGCCACGGAGCGUGCGAGUAACGCUCGGCGGGAAACCGCGACCUUACGGGACCAGGUCAGCCGUCUGAGCGGACAGCUUCUGGAGCAGAGGGACGAGACACGUGACAAACUGUCCCGUCUGGAGUCAGAAAUCGCUGAUCUCCAGUCACAGCUGGAGAGAGAGAAAAGUCGGUCCAAACUCCAGACCAGCUCUGCACAGACGCGACUGGAGGAGGCUGAGGCUCAGUGUGAGUCUCUUAGGGCACAGCUGGAUGCCAAGAACCAGGAGCUACACAGUGCCCACGUACAGACAGGGAAGGUACAGUCUGACACCUCCUCCCUUCAGGCCAAACUGGAGGCAGAGAAACGCCUGAGACAAGACACAGAGGACAGGAACAACAUGCUGGAACAGGAGAUCUCCAAGGUGUGGGGCCAGAUGAAGGAAGGGUUGGAGAGAAUUUCCCGUGCAGAGUCUGAGAGGGAUCAGCUCAGGCAGCAGCUGGACAUGUUAAAGAGCAGACAGGGCAGCAGAGAGUCAUUGGAAGCUACCAGAAGUCGGGCAGAGGAAGCUGAGAGACAGGUGAAGGAGUCCCAGUACAAGCUGCAGAGAGUUGCUGAGGAGGCCAGGAGGUCCAAAGAGGAGCUGGAGAGGAAAAGUAACGACCUGGCGACCCUCAGGAGACAGCUGCAGGAGGAGAAGAUGGACAGGGUUCAAUCGGAGCAGCAGCUGGAGAGCGCGAGGCAGGAGCUGGGUCAGCUGAGGGACAUGGAAGCGAGGCUGAAGGUCACCAACUCCCAGCUGCAGCACAAGGUCAUGUCUGUGGACGAGGAGAACAAGUCUGUGGCUGACAUGCACCAACUGUCGGAGCUUGGUAAACAGUCCAUGCUGCGUCAGGUCCAAACCCUGCAGCAGGAAGUGGAAACCCUGCAGCGGCAGGUUGUCGAGGCGACCAGCAAGUUGGACCUACAGAUCCGCAGAUACGACCAGCGGAAACUCAAGUACAAGAACAAGAUCAACAGGGCAAAGGACAUCAUCCAGCGAGAGAAGGGGAUGCGGGAGGAAGCGGUCCAGUCGACAGAGGAGGAGCUGAGCAGAGUGAAGUCCCAGCUGCAGAGGGAGCUGGAUUGGAAGAAGAGUCUGGACUCUGACCACAAGAAACUCCUGCAGGACAAGAGAGACUUGUUAACCAGAUUAACAGAGGCGGAUGAAUCUGUGCGGGACAUGAAGCGUACCGUAUCGUCCUCCGAGUAUCGCUGCCGGUUCUUGGAGCAGGAGAACUCCCAGCUGCAGGAGAGGUUAGACGCUCUGAACAGGCAGAAGGACAGACUGGACAGACUGGUGCGAGACUACCGGAUAGAGAAACAGAGAGAGGCCAUCACGAGAUCGCUGACGUCCAUCCCUCAGUCGUUAGACUCGGAGUUCAUCUCAGCGAGACCCAGCAGCGGCCUGGGCACCUCCCUCAGCUCUCACAUCUUAGAUGGUCAACAUGACCUGGGCACACCUUACCAUCACUCCUCACCCAUCCUCAACAGUUACCUGAGCCAGGUGAACUACUCACCUGGUACAGAAGAGGAUCUGGAUAACUCCACGUACUACAAAGAAUGAAGGGGAAUGGCUUCAAAAUAAUGUUACGUAAGAUGCAGUGUGCAUGGUCGUUACCUUGGAUGUAAGUUUAGAAAAAUAUUUUUUCUACUGUAACAGAUGAGCUGUUCAGUAUAAGGACCCUGCAUGAUAGCUAAAGGGUAUUCUUGGGGUAGUCAUGGAUGUGUCGUAAGAAAUCCAGCAGUCUUGUUAAUAUGUUAAAGGCUGUUAUAUACCCUUUUUUAUGUCAUACUUGUGACGCGAAAACGUUCUA